CCUACUGGCUUUACGGCCAAGUCCUGGGGCCAGCAGGGUACUAGCUGGUUGCCUCUGUUGGCAGGUGGCGACCUGGGCGAUCGGCAUGCUGCGCGUGCUCGCCCUGGCCGCGGGGGCUGGGCGGCGCGCGGCGCUGGCCGAGCUGGUGCAGUGCGUGCGCGCGUACUGCGACCGCCACCCCAUGACGGCGCGCGGGUGGCGCGCGGUGCUCGCCACGCUCAUGCUGGUGCCGCUGCACUUCCUCAUCGUCGGCUACUUCCUCGCUCUCACCGUCAUGCAGCUCUACAAGUUUGCCUCGCUGCUCAUGGUCUUGCGCAUCGUCUACGCCUACGCGAGCGCGGCCAUCAGGACGAUCGUCCCCUUCGUGGUGGUGCUCCUGCCCGCCGUGGUGAUCGGGUCGCUGGCGGCGGACCUCAGGCACGACUGCCUCCUCCAGGUGACCGUCACCCGCGGCCGCCGGCACAGAGCCGCGCUGCCCUUCAGGCUCUCCAGGAUGUACGAGUGGUGGCCGUCGCCCGCGCCCCGGGUUCCCCCGAGCGACCUGUGGCCGAGGCCUCCGAGCCGGCUGCAGUCUUUGACGCCUGCGACUGGAGCCGAGUGGGCCGCGGAGAAGGGACUUGUCGUCAAGCCCAUGGACUUGUGGCCGGCGCUCGCUUUACCCAGCGCCACCAGUGGGGUCCCCGGCAGGGUGCUGUGGAGGCGGGUCGAGCCCCAACUUGAUGAGAUAGUCCCCCUCCACGGGGAUACCCUUGAACCCUUGGCCUGGAGGACUUUGCGACAGCGGCAACAGCUGCUUUUCGACAUUUGCCUGGCCGCGUACUCCGUCUACCAGUGGUGGCUGCUCUUUCUCGUUCUCAACACUUUACUUUACGAAACGCUCCACCUGUCCAACGUUGUCCACGCGCUGCACGUUAGGGGGCCUGCUCGGAUCCCUCUUCUCCCAGAGGUCAUCUAUGCCCUGGCGAAUGUUACGUAUUUCGUAAUAUUGUGCUGCAGUUACCAGUGGUUUUCCUUCGAAAGUAUCAAGAUGGGUCACAUCAUGCAAAAUUUCUUAGUGAGCUCCAGAUUUAUUGGGGUGCAGGAUAGAGAAGAGAUUACUUUAUUCAUGGAGCAAAUCAACAUUCAGGAAUCGCACUGUAGUGUCCUGGGUCUCUUUGUUUUGGACACCGUAACUAUGAUGGCAGUGAUAUCAGGAAUUUCAUCGUAUGUUGUGGUUAUGAUUCAGUUUCAAGUCAACUUUUGAUUAAGGGGUGAAGCCCAAAAGGGUACAGUGCACUUUAAACCAAGAGGCCGUUUCCAAAGUAGAGUGGAAUAGUAAAGUUCAUUGGUAACACGUGACUAUA